CACCUUUCCUAAGCCAUAUUUGUUUCUUUUAGCUAAUUCCAUACUUCUCUUUCAAGAAAUCAGUAAUUCUUUAAACCCUUCUAAUGGCUUCACGUGAUGCCACUGUUGAGCCAAUUACAAGCUCGGUUUCCGAUACAAUGCUCCCGUCUGAAACCGGAGAAACCAAGCUUCCGGUGAAGAAAAUCCCAGGUGAUUAUGGGUUACCUUUCAUUGGUCCAAUCAAAGACCGGCUCGAUUAUUUCUACAACCAAGGUCGGGACAAGUUUUUCAAAUCCAAAAUUCAAAAAUACCAAUCGACAGUAAUCCGAACCAACAUGUCACCAGGUCCAUUCAUCGCUUCGAACCCUAAAGUUAUUGCUUUACUCGACGGAAAGAGCUUUCCAAUCCUUUUCGACGUAUCAAAAGUCGAAAAAAAAAACCUUUUCACUGGUACUUACAUGCCAUCAACCAACCUCACCGGCGGGUAUCGGAUUUUAUCCUAUCUUGAUCCGUCGGAACCCACACACACUAAGCUCAAACAACUACUUUUUUUUCUCUUGAAAUCGAGUAGUAACCGAGUUUUCCCUGAGUUUGAAGCGUGUUACACUGAGUUAUUCAAAACGGUCGAAAAUGAACUCAAUGAAAAAGGCCAAAGUAGUUUUGAGAAACCUAAUGAACAAGCUGCAUUUAAUUUCUUAGGUAGAGCUUAUUUCGGUUCAAACCCGGUUGAUACUAAACUCGGAACCGACGGUCCGAGUUUGAUCGCUAAAUGGGUAUUAUUUCAACUUGCUCCGGUUCUUUCCCUUGGUUUACCCAAAUAUAUAGAAGACCUUUUAAUUCAUACGUUUCCAUUACCAUCUUUUCUUGUGAAAAAAGACUACAAAAGAUUAUACGAUUUUUUCUACGAAUCGGCCGGUUCGGUUCUUGAUGAAGCUGAAAAAAUGGGCAUUUCACGUGAAGAAGCUUGUCAUAAUCUUUUAUUCGCUACGUGCUUUAAUACCUUCGGCGGCAUGAAAAUCUUCUUCCCCAACAUGUUGAAAUGGAUCGGUAAUGCCGGACCGGACCUACACCGUUCAUUAGCAAAAGAGAUCAGGUCGGUGAUCAAAUCCAAUGGUGGAGAAUUAAGUUUGGGUGCAAUGGAACAAAUGCCGUUGAUGAAAUCGGUGGUGUACGAAGCUUUCCGUAUUGAACCACCGGUGCCGGCGCAAUAUGCAAAAGCAAAGGUGGAUUUGUUGAUUGAAAGUCACGACGCCGUUUUCGAAGUGAAAAAAGGGGAGAUGCUAUUCGGGUACCAACCGUUUGCGACCAAAGAUCCGAUAAUAUUUGAAAGAGCUGAAGAGUUUGUACCGGAGAGGUUUAUGGGUGUUGAAGGGGAGAAAUUGUUGAAACAUGUGUUUUGGUCGAACGGACCGGAAACGGAGCAUCCGACGGUGGAGAAUAAACAGUGUGCCGGUAAGGAAUUUGUGGUGUUGAUUUCUAGGUUGUUUGUGGUGGAACUUUUCCGACGUUAUGAUACGUUUGAGAUUGAAGUUGGGACAUCGACGUUGGGGGCUGCCAUUACCAUAAAGUCGUUAAAUAAAACAAGCUUUUAAGUACACUGUAAUUUUCGUCAAUGCAAGGGCUUUGUCAAAUGUGUCAUGUUUUUUCUUGAAUAAAUAAUGUAUUAUCGAGUGUUGAAUUUGCACCA